AUGGCCGACCACUCUUUUAUCGAGGACCCCACCUCGGCCUCGACGUCUCCUAAGCUCAACUCCACCGCCAUGCCUCUCGCCCAAGAUUCUGACGGAGAGGAUGACACUGCUACAUUCCAGAGCGCCAGCCCAGACUCAGACGAGGGCAACCCCGGACACGCAACUUCCAAGAGCACCCCGGACGGAGAAGAGGCAGAAGACGAAGACGGCCUGCUCCCUCGAGACAUGCCCAAGAAGACGGCCUUCUACGACCCGGUGGCAGAGCGCCAGAUGACACAGCACGACGCAAAACUCUUCUACCAGCGCAGCCAGCUCGACCAACAGAAGGGUGCCGGCCCGCCAUGGGGUUCCUCGGUGUAUGAAGGCAGCCUCCAUGGCAGCCCGGUCAUCUCCCACGGCGGAGCGGGAGCGGCACUCGAGCGGGCCCUCGGCUCUUCGUAUGACCUGCCGGCCGCUGCGUGGCCUCAGAAUGGCUCGCCUGUUGGCGGUGAGAGUGUGUUUGGUAGUGGCUCUAAGAAAGACACCACCCACUUCUCCAUGCCCAGUAACCGCAGCCAUCCCGAGGGCUACCAGGAGUUCCACAGGGUUCCCAGUGCACUGGGUGUCAGUGCCCAGGAUGCGGUGUACCAGGCUCAGUUGGAAAUGAGCACGGGGGCUCCUCACGGGAUUGGUAGUGCCUCCUAUGUCGGCGCUGAUGCCUCAGUCACAGCCGAACUAAGCGCUAUCCUGAAAAACGUCCAGAAGAUCCUCGACAUCCGUCACAAGUACAUCCGCCUCUCCCUCCAGGGCCCGACAGACAACCCUAAGGACGAUCCGAACUGGCAAAUCUACCCGCCUCCGCCCCAGCCAGUCUGGGUGGGCGACCAGGACAGGGCCGCUCACGGAAGCAAUGGACCAAAUAGCAUGACGAAUAGUACGACUUUGCCGGCCGAUCCAGCAGCAGCCCACACUCCUAAGAAGAGACGCAAGCUCGGCGAGGACAUCGGUUCGGACUUCGACAUGGCUGACCUAGAGCCUCUGCCCGGCCCAAGCGAGAUGACAUUUGGUCUCGAUCCCAACGGAGUGUACCAGGUCUUCGAGAAUGAGGCAGCUCAAGCAGCCAACACGCCGGCCAUCAAUGUUCCAACUAUCAAGGAAUAUUAUAUCGACCUGGAUGUGAUCUUGUCAGUGUCGUCUGAUGGGCCGUCAAAGAGCUUUGCCUUCCGCCGGCUGCAGUACCUGGAGGGCAAAUACAACCUGUAUGCCCUCCUGAACGAGUAUCAAGAGACUGCCGACACCAAAAAGGUGCCUCACCGUGAUUUUUACAACGUCCGAAAGGUCGACACUCACGUGCACCACUCGGCCUGCAUGAACCAGAAACAUCUCCUCCGCUUCAUCAAGAGCAAGAUGAAGAAGUCACCAGAUGAGGUGGUGCUGCACCGUGACGGCAAAUACCUCACCCUGCGAGAGGUCUUUGAGAGUAUCAACUUGACGGCAUACGAUCUCAGUAUCGAUACUCUAGACAUGCACGCCCAUACCGACUCGUUCCAUCGAUUUGACAAGUUCAAUCUGAAAUACAACCCCAUCGGAGAAUCCCGCCUGCGUACCAUAUUUUUGAAGACGGACAACCUGAUCAAGGGCCGCUACCUUGCAGAAAUUACCAAGGAGGUCAUCGCGGAUCUGGAGUCGAGUAAGUACCAGGUUGUGGAGUGGCGUAUUUCGAUUUAUGGGCGGUCGAUGGAUGAGUGGGACAAGCUAGCCGCAUGGGUUGUCGACAACAAGCUCUACUCUCACAACGUCCGCUGGCUCAUCCAGAUUCCCCGCCUGUAUGACGUGUACAAGGCGAGCGGUACCAUGGAGACAUUUGAGCAGAUCGUCAAGAACAUAUUCGAGCCGCUCUUCGAGGUCACCAAAGACCCCCAGAGCCACCCUAAGCUUCAUGUCUUCCUGCAGAGGGUGGUCGGCAUCGACAGUGUCGACGACGAGAGCAAGGUCGAGCGACGCCUGUUCAGGAAAUACCCCGUGCCCCGGGUCUGGGACACGAAGCAGAACCCGCCCUACAGCUACUGGAUUUAUUAUAUUUUUGCCAAUAUCACUUCUCUCAACUUCUGGAGAAAGCAGCGCGGCUUCAACACGUUCGUCAUCCGGCCGCACUGCGGCGAGGCCGGUGACGUGGAGCAUCUGGCAGUGGCUGCCCAAUGCGCCCAUAGCAUCAGCCACGGCCUGCUGCUGCGCAAGGUGCCUCUGCUACAGUACAUCUUCUACCUCGAGCAGAUUGGCGUGGCCAUGUCUCCGCUCAGCAACAACGCGCUGUUCCUGGCCCUGGAGCGGAACCCAUUCCACCAGUACUUCAAGCGCGGCCUGAACGUGUCGCUGUCCACGGACGAUCCCCUGCAGUUCGCCUACACCAAGGAGCCGCUGAUGGAGGAAUACGCCGUGGCGGCGCAGAUCUACAAGCUCAGCGCCAUCGACAUGUGCGAGCUCGCCAAGAACUCGGUGAAGCAGAGCGGUUUCGAGCACUCGAUCAAGCAGCACUGGCUCGGCCCCAACUUCCUGAGGCCCGGGUUCAGGGGCAACACCAUGGUCAAGACCAACGUCCCUGACAGGAGAGAGGAGUUCCGAUACCGCACCCUGCUCGAGGAACAACAGAUGGUCGAGAUGUACACCUCGUACGCGGCAGAGACCCCGGCCGAGUCAGCCACGGCUGCACCCAGCGGUGCGGCCUCAGCUGUACCCAAGUCGCCGGCCACGAUCAUGAAGACCAGCCUCAACCCGGAAGGGCAGGCGCCAACGCACGCGCACGCGCACGCAAUGAGGGUGGCGCCGACGUCCUCCCCCACCACAGGCUCCAUGCAGCAGCAGCCGACGUCCGCGCCCGCGCCGCCGGGGCCUGGUGCCGUCCAGUCCGCGGCGUCGUGGCCCAUCGACCCCAUGAUGGACGCAUCCCUGUCGGGCAGCGAGCCGCGCAUCUACCCGGGCAUGAUCAGCAGGAGGCAGAGGACCAACAGCCUCCGGCAGGGGUCAGGACACGAGGCCGACGGCACGGCGAAGAAGGGAGCUUCCGGCGGCAUGGACGAGGUUGAGGAAGAAGCCGUUGAGAACUCGGAGGAUUGA